AAAAUAUAAGACACCAAUGAUGUUAUGAAAACAUAUUAGGUUCAUAAAUUUGGUAUUUUAUUUAUGUAUUAUAACGUAUGACCAUUGUAAUACACGAAGUAUAAUUAUAAUUGCUUCUAUGCUCGAUUUAAUCUGUAAAGUUUUCCAAACAAUAAAGUAAAGGUACACCACAAAUCUUAAUAUUGUUUACGGGCAAAAACAUUCCAUUCAUGCAUUACCUACCCGUGAGUUAAGUUCGGUGGUGGUUGUUCGAGGGAUGCAGGUGAUGCAGUGUGUGGACUGACUUUAAUUAUUAAAAACAUGAGCUUAUAACCAACAUAACAUAACGUUAAAAAGAACUAUUUUCUUUAAGGCUUCUUAAAUCUAAGGGACACUUAAAUAUAAGUGAAACUUCGACAUUUUUGGAUAUUGUCGGAAUCAAGAAUGAAAUAUUACAAUUUAUGAGUGUCGAAAAACUAACUUAAUGUAACGUAACUUUGGCUUCAAGUGUGCGAAAAUUGAUAACAUUUGGUUUGCGUAACAAAAAAUAAAUAUCUCUAAUCAUUCUACAAAACAAGUCGAUAAUACGUAAUUAUGAUUCUAAAGGAAAUAAUUUUAUUAUGGUUGUGUAUAAACAAUAUUCAAGCCCAACUAAACCAUCCAGUAGUUAUUAAUACUUGGGCGUUUGUAAACUCUUCGAUCGGAGCUUGGAAUGUAUUGGAAAAGGGUGGAUCGUCGCUGGAUGCAAUUGAAAUUGGAGCAAGUAUUUGUGAAAGCCAGCAAUGUGACGGUACUGUCGGUUAUGGAGGAAGCCCUGAUGAAAAUGGCGAAACUACGCUUGAUGCGCUUCUCAUGAACGGAAAAACCAUGAAAGUAGGCGCUGUUGGUUCUCUGCGUCGAGUGAAAAAUGCUAUAUCCGUUGCGCGACAUGUUUUAGAAUAUACGAAACAUUCUAUUUUAGUAGGAGAUCUUGCUACCAAAUUUGCAGUUCAGAUGGGAUUUAAAGAAGAAUCUCUUAAUACACAGCAAUCAAAGCAUCUUUGGAUGAAAUGGCACAAUGAAAAUAACUGUCAACCCAAUUUCUGGAUGGAUGUCAUUCCUGAUGCAAAACAAUUUUGUGGACCAUAUCAGCCAAAGGAACGAUCACAUCAGAAAACUCAUAUGUUAAAGGGAGAUAGAUAUAAUCAUGACACUAUUGGCUUGGUAGCUAUUGAUAGAAAUGGCGAUAUAGCUGCUGGUGCAUCUACAAAUGGGGCUAAAUACAAAAUUCCUGGGAGAAUUGGUGAUUCUCCUAUUCCUGGAGCUGGGGCAUAUGCUGAUAACGAUGUUGGAGGAGCUGUCGCGACUGGUGAUGGGGACGUAAUGCUAAGAUUUGUCCCUAGUUUUUUGGCAGUAGAAGAAAUGCGAAGAGGGGCAACACCAACAGAAGCUGCGACAAUUGCUGUUAAAAGAAUAGCAAAGUUUUAUCCUAAUUAUAUGGGUGCAGUCGUGGCGCUGAGGAUGGAUGGGGAAUACGGAGCAGCUUGUCACGGUUUGGGUGGAAUGCCGUUUCCAUUCGUCGUUCGUGAUAGUACCAUGGAUAAAUCUAAAAUAGUUUUGGUUGAAUGUUCUUAAUUUAAAGCGAUAAUUUGUUGUUAUCUUUAUGCUUAUUAUUAUAUGCUACACCAAUAAUUCAAAUAAACAUUUGCUUUUAAA